AUGCCGGAAGUUCCAGACAAGUCGCCGUCGGAUGCGAUUGUACAAGUCUUUCAACAGUAUUACAAAAUUGCCAGUAAUUCUAUUGGCACUCGUGUCACGUUAAUUCAAGUGGGUUUGUAGGGAGUGUUAACUUGGAUGGUCAUGGAUAAUAUCGAAAAUUUUGAUGUUUCCGGUGCAAUCUUUAAGGCUGACGAUUGAUUUAGCUUUACUUUAGUGUUAAGGAAGCUAGAAAUUGUUUUCACUGGUAUUGCGCUUUACGUUUUUCUAAUUUAACGAUAUUAUCUUAGGACCAGAGCAUCCGUGAUCACAUCUCAAAUUUAGCCGAAAAUCCAGUUCCAGCUGUUGCUCUCAUAAUUUGUAAAGUAAGUUUUUGACAUUGUUGUUUUGAUUUUUAGGUAAGAAUCUUUAUCUGUUUACUGUAAGGCUCUCAAAUUCUUUUUUUCAAUAUUAUCCGUGUCAAGGCAAAGUCUUUUCGAAUUUAAACCUCAAAAAACGAACUUUUAGUUAAUCAUGGUGCUGUCGGAUCAACGUAAGCACGCGAGAAUGUUAGCUGAAGCUGGGUACAUUCCAAUUUUGGGCAGAUUUACCGAAAACGAUUAUCUUCCAGUCAAACUGAUCGCCAAGUACAUUCAACUUCAAAGUCGUCUAAAUAACUCGAUGAAAGAUGCGGCUAGUCCAAGCAAAAUGGAGCCAAAGCGUCGCACUAAAGAAAUGGUCUUUGUUUUGCCGAUUUUGGAUGAGGUGGGGUUUUAAAAGUGAUUUUAAGGGGAUAAAUUAUAUUGUAGUAGGUAUAUUUAGGGUUGUUUGGGGAAUUUGUGUGAAUAUAGUCAGGGAAUGCGUUUUUAAGGGUAUACAGUACAUUUUGUGUAACUUUUGAGUAUUUUGCACUUUAUAAAAUACGGUUUUCAGCUUCAACAAGCUGCGAUCAGUCAAAAUACUCUGCAGAAGAUCAAAGGCAUGGUGUCUCUGUCUUUCAAUUUGAAUCCGGAUAAAUCUCAAGUUAACUGUGUCAUUAGAUGUCUUUUACAUGUUGAACCAAAGGUAUGUUGAUUUUUUUGACAUUUGAGACGUAAAAACAGGAGUUGUAACGAAAUGCCAAACUCGGCACGAAGUUUGAAAAUUUUGGUUUUAAAUGUGCAAUCAUAGGCUUGAUUUAUGGCACUAAAUAUAUGGUAGUGUAAAGGUUUUUAUUAAAUUUUGGAAAGAGCAGUUAAGUUUUGGCAAAGUUAUGACAUUUCUAGACGAACAAGGCUUUACCUACUAUAAUAUAAAUUUUUGCUUUUAAAAAAUGUAUUUUUUAGCAAAUUGUUGACCAAAUUCACAAAUCAGGCAUUGAAGAAGUCGGCUACGUUCACACGAACGAUGAUGGCACCAAAGAAACCAUGAUGUUCUACAAGGACACCGAUGUGAACAUUGAAGACGAUCUACCUCAAUAUCUGGAUGAAAAUAUUGCAGUAUUUGAUCCAAAAACGGCUUUGGCCACAGGAGGAUGUGCUCAAAACGCUGGUUGGUUCUCAUCGGCCAAACAACUCUUGGGUUUCUGGUAG